ACGCCACGUCACUUGCCGCAUCGACUUUUGGUUCUCACCUCGCAAACCCUCGUCGCAAAAAUAAUUCAGAGUAGACUUACAGGCUCGCUGGCGGGUCUCCGCUGAAGGCGCAUCGCGAACAUGACUUCUCAAGACGCGCAAGAGUACCUUGCGAAUCUGGCGAAUACCGCGUCUGAUCAGUUUCACAAAAUCCCGGGCUCUGCCAUCUUCCUGCGGUAUGUAAGGUCGAGUUACCAGAACGACCCUAUUCGCUCUGCAGUCGAGCUCUUUCUCGUCCUCUUCGCGAUCCGAUAUCUCCUUGCACCAAAGUAUUCGACGAAGCCGAACUACGUCAAGUUAUCCGAUGAGGAAAUCGACGACUUAGUUGACGAGUGGACGCCCGAGCCCCUGGUUGGGAAGACGACACCAUUCGAGGAGGCGGAACUGGAAAAGAGGCCUGUCAUAGUCGGACCGAGCGGACCUCGAGCGAAACUCUCCAACGGUCGCACCGUAACGAACCUUGCAUCUUACAACUUCUACAACUUCACAUCUAAUGAAAAUCUAAAAGAGCGGGCGAUACAGACACUGAGGACUUACGGGGUUGGUCCCUGCGGACCGCCUGGCUUCUAUGGCACGCAAGAUGUGCACAUGAAGAUCGAGGCUGACAUCGCCGCCUUUUUGGGUACGACGGCAUGCAUCAUCUACGCUCAGGCAUUUUCAACCAUUUCUAGUGUCAUACCGGCUUUCUCGAAGCGGGGGGAUAUCAUUGUCGCGGACAAGGCCGUGAAUUAUGCCAUACGCAAAGGUAUUCAGAUCUCUAGGAGCUCGGUGAGGUGGUAUGAGCACAAUGACAUGGAAGACUUGCAAAGAGUGUUGGCGAAGGUCACCAAAGAACAAGCGAAGAAACCACUGACCAGGCGCUUCAUCAUCACGGAAGGCCUGUUCGAAAAUGUUGGCGAUAUUGUGGACUUGCCGAAGAUUAUCGAGCUGAAGCUCAAGUACAAAUUUCGCCUGAUUCUCGACGAGACGUGGUCAUUCGGCGUCUUGGGGAGAACAGGAAGAGGUGUCACAGAACAUCAGCAUGUGGACGCUGCCGAGGUCGACAUGAUUAUCGGAUCCAUGUCAGGGCCCUUGUCGGCCAAUGGAGGAUUUUGCGCAGGAUCUGACGAGGUCGUGGAGCAUCAGCGAUUGUCUGCGGCGUCAUAUACCUUUUCGGCUGCACUUCCAGCCAUCGCGGCCGUGACCGCUAGCGAAACGCUCAUGAUGCUGCAAACCCAGCCCGAACUACACAACCAGUUGAAGGAGAACAUCAGGGCAAUGUGGGUUCAACUUGACCCGAGGAGCGACUGGAUGUAUUGCACCAGCGCACCAGAGAACCCGAUUAUGAUUCUGGUCCUGAAACCUGAGGUGAUUUCUUCGCGGAGGCUGAAUGUUGAUGAUCAGCAACAGCUACUCCAGGAUGUUGUGGAUGAGUGCCUCACGCAGAACGUUCUGGUUACGCGUGUCAAGAACCUGCCUGCCAAUCCCUCAGGCGCAAAGAGCGAUAUCUAUCCACCGUUGCCGGCCUUGAAAGUCUGCGUGACGAUUGGCCUGACAAAGAAAGAGAUCGAGAAGGCUGGCAUAACAAUAAGACAUGCCAUCACCAAGGUUCUGACGAGGAAGCGGUGACAGUCUUCGCUGAUGGGGAAUCACUUGCAAACAAUUUGAGUUUCAUUUUCAUGGAGCCAGGCUCGGCUUCUGUACAAUAUGGGUUCAUGGUGGCAUGUCUUAUUAGACGGCAUAAAAGGUCAGGCCCAUAGACUGGAUUUGCAUUCAUGAAGACGGGUGUGACGGGUAUGAUAUUCUUCGAGCGAGCUGGGCAUCAACAUAGCAGAGCGGAAUUAACCUUAAUGUAUCACAGUUGAGCGGGUGGAAUCGAACCUGGUGCCUAUUUUCCAUAUGGAAAAAGUAGUAAGUUGAGAGAUGCCCGCCAGGUGUCAACGAGCCGGCUAUCAAGGUUUCCCUUGUCAAGGUUUAAUUUCUCUUCGCUUAGACGUUACAUGAAGCUGUCAGGAAGCGAAAAGGAAGCGAAUGCUUAUUCCAGAGCCAC